GCCAUUUUCCCAGGCAAGGGUUGCAACAUCGCCGCCGCGGCAGCGAGCAGACCUGACAGCCCCGAGCUGGUGCUGCAGGACUCAAGGAGCCUUACCGGCUCCUCUGACUGGCGUCUGCGAGUACAACUGCGACUGACCCACAAGGGUUCGGGGAUUUACACAGACUCAGGAGCGAUGCUUGUGACUCUGCAGCUCCUCAAAGGCCCCUAGAAGCCUGUCUGUUGCUGCAGUCCAGGACCUCCAGCCUCAUGGAGCCCCCGAUCCCACAGAGCGUUGCCCCUUUGACUCAGAGUUCAGUCAUGGUGCAGCCCCUCCUUGACAGCCGAGUGCCCCACAGCCGGCUACAGCACCCACUCACCAUCUUACCCAUUGACCAGAUGAAGACCAGCCACGUGGAGAAUGACUACAUAGACAACCCUAGCCUGGCCCCCGCCGUGGGUCCCAAGCGGACCCGGGGUGGCCCCCCAGAGCUGGCUCCUACCCCUGCCCACUGCGACCAGGAUGUUACUCACCACUGGAUCUCCUUUAGCGGUAGGCCCAGCUCUGUAAGCAGCAGCAGCAGCACUUCCUCCGACCAGAGGCUGCUAGACCACAUGGCUCCACCACCGGUGGCUGAGCAGGCCUCACCCAGGGCUGUGCGCCUCCAGCCCAAAGCGGUCCAUUGUAAGCCACUGGACCUCAAGGGCCCGGCAGCUCCGCCAGAGCUAGACAAGCACUUCCUGCUGUGUGAGGCCUGUGGGAAGUGUAAGUGCAAAGAGUGUGCGUCCCCCCGGACAUUGCCCUCCUGCUGGGUCUGCAACCAGGAGUGCCUGUGUUCAGCCCAGACCCUGGUCAACUACGGCACAUGCAUGUGCCUAGUGCAGGGCGUCUUCUAUCACUGCACUAACGAGGAUGAUGAGGGCUCCUGCGCCGACCAUCCCUGUUCCUGCUCCCGCUCCAACUGCUGCGCCCGCUGGUCCUUCAUGGGCGCCCUCUCUGUGGUGCUGCCCUGUCUGCUGUGCUACCUGCCGGCCACAGGCUGUGUCAAGCUGGCCCAGCGUGGAUACGACCGCCUGAGACGCCCUGGUUGCCGCUGCAAGCACACGAACAGUGUCAUCUGCAAGGCACCCAGCGGGGACACCAAGGCCACCAGGUCCGACAAGCCUUUCUGACACUUUGGAGUCGGCACUGCCUUCGGAAACGUGGUCCCUCCUGCCAGUCUCCUGAGGCUGACCUUGCUCAUCUGUCCUCUCCUAAACCCUAGAUUGGGAAGAAACAGGCAGAGAACACUACCACCCAGUCUUGAGUCCCCAAAAGGAUGAAGGUACAUUUUGGGGAUUUUGAUGGUCUUGGAAACUUUAUGUCAAGCAGCAGUGACAGUGACAGUGUCAGGGUGUAGUGGUUGGGGCCAGUUUUCCUGUUUCAGAAGGUGGAACACGGAUGUGCAUACUGAUGUGGACGCUCAGCCACUCAGUGGCAUUCCCAGGCCUUCCUCUCAACCUCUCCCUCCCAGUUUGCCAUUGUCUGUGGCUCCUGCCUGGGAGGUGGCCCUAACGGAAGGUGGACUACUUCGAGGAAGACCCUCAGAGCCUUGACUUCUAUCUUUUCCUCCUGUCCAUGCCUGUUGGCCUUGGCCUCUUGGGAAGGUGCACCGUAGCGAUUCCUGUAAUACGUACUUGAUGGCUGAGAACAAAAUCGCCACUGAGCAGAAGCCUCCCUGGACCACAGGAUGGAUCAGGAGCCAUUGGGCAGCGCGCUCCUCCUAGCUUCAGUCACUAACUUGGGGGUGUCCACUCAUCACAGACUGGCCUGCCUGCUAUGUGUCCUGAGCUCUCUCUACUCCGAUCUUUGCAGAAAUUUGCUGGGUUUAAGAAGGCCAGGGUGACACAAGCGAGACCAAAUAUCAUUUUGCCAAUGAGUCUGAGGCUGUGGUCUCUGGAUCCAGUCGUGAUGUUUUUAUAUGUUUAAUUAAACUAGAUGCUAAUGGUGUUUAAACAUAAUAAUAGCAACAACAACUUGCUUCCUUUUGGGCCACCCCCCAGGAAGGGCUGAUUUCAAAAUCUGGGGGCAUACAACCUCAAGGAGCAUAAUUUCCCUGCCCAUCAAGAAUGGCGAAGAAGAGGCCGCACCUCCCAUUGGCAGAAUGACAGUUGAGCCGAGCUGGGGUUGGGUUUUCUUCUGAUUCUGCUGCUUGCCGUCAUAGCCUCUUGUGUAUAGUGCUGCGUCUGUCUUCAUGUAAAUAGAGAGGUGAUGAACAGAGUCUAUUUUAGUGUUAGGAGGCCCCCGUAGGGAAGUCAGAAGAGCCCAGAGAGGAUGGGCUUCAGGGGCUGCUGGGUUUGAGCCCCACUUUCGUGCGCAGCACACAUAACCCUCCCCUCCCAACAGCCCCCAAAGACGUAGCAACUCUUUCUCUCACGGUGCUAAAGGACUCAGAAAGUGCAGCACGUCCAGUGGGUAGGUACUUGUUGCAUGCAAAAAGCUAUAGUGUCUCUGGUCCUUGCCCCCCUCUGUCGUGUGGGGUUUUUGCUUUGUGUGGUAUUUUGUCCCUGUCCCUGCCUCUGCUGCGAAAAAUGGCUUGGGUCAGAAGUGCCCCAGGUGAGAUUGGGAGAGCAUUAGGCAAAAAUCUUGUGCAGCAUUUCUGGUUCUGUGGGACCAGAGCUGCUCCCAGGAAGGAGGUAAGCAGGCAGGUAGCUGUGAGUGGAAUUACCUAAUGCUCUUUCUCAAGGAUUCACCGCACCCCCACCUUGGAAACUAGUAGUAGUGACACCUUAUGAUUUAGAAUAAGUUAAUUGUAACCAUAGGUAUUUAUUGAUUGGAGGAAGGGAGGGUUUUAUUUUCAGCUUUAUUUAUGUAACAUUUACUGGCUUGUAAAAGGCAAGUAUAAAAUACUGCAUCUUCAUUCUCUAUGGCUAAUCCGUGUAGCUGCCCUUGCCACCCUCGGCAAUGUUCUUGCACAGAUCAGAAGGAAAGACGGAAGAAGAAAACUCGUGCAGCCAACCACUUAACACUAAUUGAAUGUAUCAGAAGCUUGCUGAAGGGGCUGGAAAUGUUUUCCUCGGAUGAGAUAUGUGGAGGGAAGCCCCCAAAAUGAUAGCGCACAUGUCCACUCUUUCUAAACAUCCUGGGAACUUUGCCCCCGGGGUCCCUCCCUCAAUUUGUCUCCACAGGACAGUUGACCCAGUGGCAAGUUGCACUUUGGUGAUCUUGGUCCACACACCUCUGUGGACAGUUGAGUUACAUAGACCGUGUGUGCACAUGUGACACUUAGACACACACUGACCCUCUGCCGCACAGACCCUGUUUCCUGGCAACCCCUCCUGAACCUUGACUUUGUGUACAUAGCUGUAAACACGGAUUUUUAUGGGUUUUGGUUUGCUUUCUCUCCCCGUCCUUGUUUUGGCGCGCCAAUGGAUGUCUGCAGAACUCCCCCUCCCCCGGGGGCUUACCUUGGGGGUCCACUUGCUCAGUGGUGAAGGGAAGGAGCAAAAGGAAGCUUUGUGGCUUCUCCUCAGCUCUGUUUUCUCUGGCUUCUCGGCAAACACCUCCACACGGGAAGGAACACAUACACAAAAAGGUGGUAGUUUGGCUGGAGGGAGCCCACCCCCUUCCUCAGACAAGUCCACAGGCACCGAGGGUACAGGCUCUCACAGACACAGAACGUUUCCGUAACUGUUUCUGACUUCUGCGCUAGCGUCAGUGGCUUGCCUGGCCGAGUUACAUCUCUUCAAGAGGGCCAGCUGGUUCCCACUUCCAGUCCUGGAGUGGGUCACAGUUGUGCCUGGGGCUAAGGAUGCCAUCUGGGACAUUAGCUGCAGUGCCUUGGCUACUUGGUUUCCCGUUGUGGGGAAAGGCCAGCACUCCCCCCCGGGUCUAGGCUAGCAAAGCCUUCGAAGGUACAGCCAAGGCAUCCUUGUGAUUGCGCUGGGUUCUUUGCGCCGGUCCAUCCUGCGUUGAUGGGCCCAGCUGGAGCACAACGCCAAGGGAACAACAGGUACAGCGUUGGUCAGGCCAGGGCUGCUCUAAGGAAUGCCCGAGGUGAGCGCGCAGCAUGAAUUUGCACUGUACAGCUUUCUCGAGCAGCCGGGGCUUCACCAGCCUCCUGGUUUUUGCAUUUGGUGAGUUAAGUAGUUCCUUGCCCUCCCUGCUCUGUAACGGUGGAUGUCGGUCCUGUGUUACCGUUCUUGUUGUGGGUGACUGCGCUGUUUCUUCUUAGCUUUCUCUUGCGUCCUAUGGUUGAUUUCCUGUUAGCAGCUGUAGCGCUGUGCCCGGUGCCCACUCCACCCCAUUCCCGUCCCAUUCUCCCCUCACUGUAGCCCCUUUUCGCCCCACCACAAAAAGUUACCACAGACGGUUUCCUUUGUAAAAAAAUAUUUAUUUUGAAGCUCUAUUUUAAUAGUAUUUAUUUUAGAAAGUCUACUAUUGUAAGAGUUCUUCUGUUUGUGAAGAAAAAACAAGUUAAAAACUGAAUGUACUGAUCUAGAAGAUAUCUAUAAAUAUAUAUAUUGUUA